AUGUAUGGAGUGUUCGUAAAAAUGUUCAUCACACAACUAAGCAAAACUCCUAGUUUAACAGGACCUUCCACUGUGGCCAUGGGUAUAGCUAAGUUCUCACAGUCUUAUUCACGUCAUGGUGCAAUACCAGCUCAACCAGCUGGUGACCCAUUAAGAGAGCAACGUUUUGGCAAUGGACAUGAUACAAGUAAAAUGAGUAAUAUUACAGAUCAAUAUGACCUGCCACUAAGUGAGAAAAACCAAGUAUCUUUGCAAGCUAUAAGUCUUAAACUGAGAGUUGGUGAACCAUUGACUUUCACAGUGUCAGUAAAAGCUGCAGAGGAUUUUCCUCUAGACCUGUAUAUGUUGAUGGAUCUGUCUGGAAGCUUUUAUCAUGAUCUUGUUGUUGUGAAGGGCUUAGCUCCCACACUUCCACUAGCUUUACGAAAUGUGUUGUCUGAUUUCCUUAUUGGCUUUGGGACAUUUGUUGAUAAACCUUCACUGCCAUAUACUUCAUCUGUUCAAAAGAAUACAAAAUUUACUUUUUUAGACCCACUAGGUGCAAUGUUACAAGCUGUGGUAUGUAAAGAUCUUGUUGGAUGGAGAGAAAAGUCUCGAAAAAUUCUUCUUGUUAUGAAAAAAGAUGUCCUUCACACAGCAGGUGAUGGACGUCUUGCUGGAAUAGUAAAACCAAAUGAUGGACAAUGUCAUACACAAUAUGAUCCCUCUUACAAAAAGAUUGUCAACACUGCAGCAUCAUGCAAGAUAUCCAAGCAUAGAACAAGUCAGGAAAGUUUUACAAGACAAUGA